AUGGCCUCGUCGUCGCCGUCGUCCGGCGACGUUAGCGUCGACGGGCAGAAGGUCUGGCCGCCGCUGGAGUAUCUGCUGAAGUACAUAUGGCUGAUUUAUCUGAUUGUGGUGUGCUAUCCACUGGAGGACUGGGUGGGCACUACCAGGAGGAACAUCUUCGUCGCGUUCUGCAUGCUCGGCCUCGCCAAGUUGCUGCUCAACCUGUUCGCGUCAUGGCGGGCGAGCAGCUCGUUCGCCGUUGGCAAGAACGCCCGGCUUGUCUCCGGCUACAUGGAGCAGCUCGAGGAAGAGGGCGACGAGGUCGGCGGCCAUGACCAGGUGCCCCGUUACAUAGUGACGGGGGAGAAGGAGGAGCACGUCGCCACGGGCGCCCGCGGAUACCGCAUCAGGCGGGACGCCCUGGACGAUGAGUCCAGCAGCCUCGUGACGCUGGACCGCAUGUGGCGGAUGGCGGAGCACGGCGAUGUCAACGGCCUCCUCGCCAAGCGGCCCGAGCUCAGGGACCUCUGCCUCUCCUUCUCCCUGUUCAAGAGCCUUCGCCGGCGGCUGUCAGGCUAUCCCCUGGACGACGCGGGCUCUACCAAGGCCCUUGAGUUCGUGCUGCGAGGCAUGAACGCCGCCGGCUCUGCCUGUGCCGUCAACGCCGACCGAGUGUUCCAUGUUCUCGUCGACGAGCUCUCGUUUGCCAGCGACUUCUACUUCGCUGGGCUUCCGCUGUGCACUUACAGCGGGUGGUGCGCCGCCCUGAACUACAUCUUCUCCGUCCUAAUCGUUGUCGGAGCCACCGCCGUGGGAACAAUAUAUAAAGUGGAAAAGAUUUUGCCAUUCAAAGAAGGGAAGCCUAACUUUGUCGUCACGUUCGCCCUCCUGGUGGCGGUGGCGCUCGUCGAGGUAUGGGACAUCGUCGCCGGCGUGUGCUCCAAUUGGAGUAAGAUGGCCUUGCUCGGCCACUACAUCAGGCACGAGCCACAGUGGCGUCGGUGUCGCCGCGCCCACGCGGCGCUCGACGCCAUGCUGCGGUUCAGGCCCGCGAGGCGGUGGCGCAACAAGAUCGGGCAGAACUCGGUGCUGGAGCCCCGCCGCUUCUGCCGGCGGUCCGGCCUUCUCUCCGAGAAGCUCUACGGCCGCGCCGGGCUCAUGAGGUCGGUGGAAGUCUCGCCGGCGGUGAAGGACACGGUGCUCAGGUCCUUGAUGAGCAGCUACGGCAGGUCGAGCAGAGGAAGCGUUAGCGCGGCGGAGCGGCGAGUCGGCGGCAAGGUCGACUGGCUGUGGUAUGGCUCCCGAAAGAGCUGGGCGUGCGACGACGGCGACGGCUGCGUCAGCACCACCGACAUCAUCCUCGCGUGGCACGUCGCCACGAGGCUCUACGAGAUGAGAUGCUCGCUGCACGCUUCUCCGACGCCGUCGCCAUCAUCACCGGACAUGGCCGCCGCGUGCCACCUCUCCUACUACUGCGCGUACCUGGCGUCGGCCGCGCCGGAGCUGCUGCUGGACAGCGCCGCGUGGACCGAGAAGCGGUACAAGGAGUUGACGGCCGACGUCACCGCGGCUCUCGCAAAGGACGGCGCCGCCGGUGAGACGACGACGGCGCAGCAGAGGUACGAGCGGCUCGUGGCGACACUGAGCGCCGGCGCGCGCGACAAGGUGCUGCGUGGCGGCGCUGAGAUCGCGCGCUGCCUUGCGGAAGAGUACACGACCGCCGAGGAGGACGACGAGGCGUCGGCGUGGCUGUUCCUGGCGAAUUUCUCGUCGGAGAUGAUGCUGUACAUCGCGCCGUCGGAGAACGUCAAGGGGCACGUGGAGGCCAUGGCGCGCGGCGGCGAGUUCGUCACGCUGCUCUGGGCGCUGCUCCUGCACGCCGGCAUCACCGCUAGGCCUGAGGCGCCAAGCCGUAUUAUCUCGUAG